AUGUCUAGUAAAAGAGAAAAGCCGAUUCACUCCCUCAUCGCGGGGUCUACUGCUGGUGCCAUAGAAGCCUUCGUCACAUAUCCGACUGAGUUCGUCAAGACACGUUCUCAAUUCGGGGGCAAGAGGGAAGGUCCCAUCGCGAUCAUCAAAAAUACCAUACGCACACAAGGUGUUACGGGCUUGUACGCGGGAUGCACUGCUCUUGCUGCCGGGAACUCUCUCAAAGCUGGUGUGCGCUUUGUGUCGUAUGACUACUUCAAGAGUAAACUUGCCGACUCGGAGGGUAAAGUCAGUGCGCCGCGAAGUCUGGUCGCUGGGCUCGGAGCAGGCGUCAUGGAGUCUAUCUUCGCAGUGACACCCUCUGAGACCAUCAAGACGAAACUCAUCGAUGACGCGAAGCGGCCAAAUCCUCAAUAUCGCGGUCUCAUCCACGGCUCCGUGCAAAUCGUGAAGCAGGAAGGCAUCACGGGCAUAUACCGUGGCCUCUUCCCUGUCAUGAUGCGACAAGGAGCAAACUCAGCUGUACGGUUUACGACGUACACAACGCUCAAGCAGGCAGUUCAGACGCGCACACGACCAGGUCAAACAUUGCCAUCUAGCGUAACUUUCGGUAUCGGCGCUAUCGCGGGCAUUGUCACUGUAUACACAACCAUGCCUCUGGACGUUAUCAAGACGAGGAUGCAGUCUCUAGACGCCCGUGGACAAUACCGCAACUCCGUCCAUUGCGGGUACCGCAUCUUUACUGAGGAAGGAUUACUUCGCUUCUGGACAGGAGCGACACCUCGCUUGGCUCGUUUGGUGUUGAGCGGUGGUAUCGUCUUUACGGUAUACGAGAACAUCAUAAGGGUAUUGAACCCCGCUCCUUUGUGA